AUGAUCCAAGCUCAUUGGAUAGGAACAAUGAAGCUUCAAUUUGCUAUUAUUCUCAUCUUUGCUCUCAUUAUUUGUGAUCUUGUCAGUGCAGAAUCAGAGAAAACUUCUGAAAUUGUUGGAAGAAAGAAGUUCAAUCGACGUGGAAAGAUGCUUGGCGAGGAUGGGAAACCGGAGAAAAGAUCUCGAUUCCCACGAAGACUUUCUCAUGGAAAUGGUGGAUUCAGAACAACAAACAGACCGCUUCAAGCUCGUCUCGUUGGAUAA